CAAAACCAAGCAUGUUCUUCUAGAAUAAAUGGUUGAGGGAGUAGAAAAUUAGGUUAACCAAUGCGAGUUGUUGAACAUGGACAGAGACACAUGAAGCAACCAAGAAUGAACACAAAUUCAUGAAGCUUUUUCAUUAUAAAUACUCCUUUUCUUCUCUCUUCUCUCUCCCUCAACCAAUCCCAACACCAAAACUGAAACAAUUACCUGAAUCAAUUCAAGCUUUUUGAGGAGUUCGCCAUGGAAAUGAAGCUCCACAGCUGCUUCUCUGUUUUGAUCGUCUUGUCCUUGUGUCUCUCUGUUUCAGCUCAGAGUUGCAGAAGCUACAAUGGCUUUGCCAAUACUCAAGUGUUUGCAGCGUGUGUGGAUCAUCCUGUGCUCAACUCUUUCCUUCAUUGGACCUAUAUUGAAUCAAACAAUACCUUGAGAAUUGCCUUCAGACGCCCUUCCACCACUACCAAUCAAUGGGUUGCUUGGGGUAUUAACCCUCAGGGCUUGGCCAUGUUUGGGACUCAAGCGCUUGUUGCUCAUCAGAACUCCACUGGUGGCACUCAUGCUUACACUUCCAGUUUGAAUCCCCCUGGUCCAACCCUGCAACAGAGCGAUUUGAGAUAUGGGGUUUCUGAACUUUCAGCCAUUUAUGUCAACAGCGAGAUGACUCUUUUUGCAACUAUUACGCUUCCUGCCGGUAUGACCACCAUCAAUCAGGUAUGGCAGGAAGGCCCUAUGGCCGGGGGUGCUCCAAUCGCCCAUGCGCUCACCAACGACAACAGAGCCUCAAGAAAUACCCUCGAUUUGCUUACUGGGUCUAGCACGGCGGCGGUGGAUUCGGUUCUCAAGAGGAGAAACACUCAUGGAGUUUUGAACGCUGUUAGUUGGGGUACUUUGAUGCCGAUGGGUGCCAUUUUCGCUAGGUAUUUGAAGGUUUUCAAAGGUGCAGAUCCGGCCUGGUUUUACCUCCACGUCGCUUGCCAAUCCUCUGCCUACGCCGUCGGUGUCGCCGGUUGGGCCACCGGCAUAAAACUCGGCAGCGAUUCCGUUGCUGUUCAAUACAACACCCAUCGCAACAUCGGAAUCACCCUCUUCGUCUUCGGAACUCUUCAGGUUUUCGCGCUGCUUCUGAGGCCGAACAAGGAUCACAAAUACAGAAUCUACUGGAACAUAUACCACCACUCGAUCGGAUACAGUGUGAUAGCUCUGAGCAUCGCCAACGUGUUUGAAGGGCUAAGCAUCUUGAGCCCCGAUGACAAAUGGAAACGGGCUUACACCGGAAUCAUCAUCUUCUUGGGCGCCGUUGCCGUCGUUCUUGAAGUGAUCACAUGGGCCAUCGUCAUCAAGCGAAAGAGGUCCAACUCUGAUAAGUUUCCUCAUAACAUCAAUGGCGUCAAUGGGACGAAUGGACAUGCUAAUAGGGUUUGAUCAUUCCCGAGAGUCUCUGAUUUUGGGUUUUUUUUUUGUUUGAUUUUACAUUUCGAGUGUUCUUCUUUGUUUUCGUGUUUUUUUUCUUAUUUGGGAUUAGUAGUAGCGAUGAUCAUAUUGUAGAAUAUUAUUUGUUAUUAUAUUUAUACAUAA